UUAGUGACAAUUAUUGCUCCCGUGCAGGGCAGCGAACAGUAAAUGCGCUACAAAGAACCUACUAGAUAUACUGUUGCGCGCUGUAGGUUAAUUUAGUUUUCCAUAAUACCAUAGACGCACCCUUCUCCAUUGCACACUGAAUUCAAAGCGCUCGCGUCGCUCACUAAAAAGUAGCACAAGAACCUAUGCUCCCGUAACCCGCCCGGUCACCUUCGAGGACAGGAUAAAUCACGUCCUCCUGCACGACAGCAGACACUGACAAAUAUAGUUUUAAAUCUGUCGGAAGAAAUUCCUUUCAUUCAGAAGUCAGCUUUCAUUUUCAAGACGACUUUCGUAUUCGCUUUUCUGCGUCUCUUUUAACAUAUCUAUGGAAAUCACAUUGAUUAGUAGUUUCAUAACGAAGGCAAGUGUAAUGGUUUUAUUAUAAGAUUAACUAUGGGUGCUAAUAUCCUGGAAUCUAAUAUAAGCACCAACUUCACUCCCGGCGGCUACACGGGGACAGUCCACGAAACUGGAGGGGCUCACCCGGGCUAUAUGAUGGUGAUUCUUGCCGUGCUUAUGAUUAUUCUGGUAGUCGUGGUUGUGGCUGGCAACGCACUUGUUAUCCUGGCUUUCAUUGUUGACAAGAGCCUACGAAAUCAAAGCAACUACUUCUUCCUCAACCUUGCCAUUUCUGAUUUUCUUGUUGGUGCAUUCUGCAUCCCUGUAUACAUCCCCUACAACCUGACAGGCCGCUGGGUGCUGGGCAGAGGUCUCUGUAAGCUGUGGCUCCUCAUGGACUACUUGCUCUGCACUGCCUCUGUCUUCAACAUAGUCCUCAUCAGCUAUGACCGGUUCCUCUCCGUCACCAGAGCAGUGAAAUAUAGAGCUCAGCGGAGCAUGACCCACCAUGCUGUGGUGAAGAUGGUGGCUGUGUGGGUGUUGGCCUUCCUUCUCUAUGGCCCUGCCAUUAUCUUCUGGGAGCUGGUUGUGGGUAAAAGCAUCGUCCCUGCCGACGAGUGUUUCGCUGAGUUCUACUGCACCUGGUACUUCCUACUCAGUGCGUCUACGUUUGAGUUCUUCACCCCCUUUAUCUCUGUGACCUUCUUCAACCUGUGCAUCUACCUGAACAUCCAGAGGAGGAACAAGAGCAGGGCUAUCCGUAAGGAGGACACCAAGGCACACAGGGACAGGGGCAGUCUCAGGGACGGGGGUGCUACCUUGUCUGUGUUUUUUGUCAAGACUCGCAAGGUGUCAUCGAGCGAGCCAACCGCUGUUUCAGAGGUGAUAGAGGAGGACGAGGAGCUGUCGCCAUCCUCCAGUGGGGAGCCCAGCAGCGGACACACCUUCAUUCAGAGAAACAAGGGCCCUUCCUGCAGGAAAACUUCCAGGCUCCUCCAAUUCCAGGCCCCCAUCGUGCCAUCCAGCAGGAGCUCAGAGGGUUCCCGCCUCUCCCGCGACAAGAAGAUUGCCAAGUCGCUGGCCAUUAUAGUGUGCAUUUUUGGGAUCUGCUGGGCACCUUACACCCUACUGAUGAUAAUACGAGCGGCCUGUAGCGGGCGAUGUGUGGAGCACUACUGGUAUGAGGUGACGUUUUGGCUCUUGUGGCUGAACUCUGGUAUUAACCCUUUCCUUUACCCUCUCUGCCACAGCAGCUUCCGAAGGGCUUUUGCUAAGAUACUGUGCCCCAAGCGUCAGUCUGUCCAACCUCACAUUGAGACCCAGUCUUGCUAGUGAUGCAACGUAUGGCUGGCUGGGAGUCACUGGAGUGAGAAGAGUACUGCAAAUGGAUAUGGAUUUUUUUCCUCAGGCAUUGUGGAAUGUUGUGUACAUAGCUCAGCCAUGAAUAGGAGUGUGAAACCCUUUUUUAGAUACUCACUUUGGUCUUUGUUAUUCAAAUAUGAUAGAAGAAAUGUUAUUACUGAUAUCCCUGUUUUUUUGUUUCAGACACAUCAAAUCCUUCUAUGUGCCAAGUUUGAAACUUGCACUUAGAGGGUAAAACCAAGUGUUUGUAAUUACAUUUCAGAAGUGAAUCUACAUAUACUGUAAUAUUGAAAUACUAGUUGUUGUAGAUAUAUUUGUUGUGUUGUUGCUAAUGCAUUCGGGUGUGAAUCCUAGGACUGGGAGGAAAUCUCAAAUCUUAUCAGUGCUUCGUGUCUCUGCCAGUUAUAGAUCUGAAUGGUACUGGUAUACUUGUAAAUGUGCUAUGUAGAAAAAUAUUUUCACUGUUAUUUUCAGUGAAAUGUGAAAGAAUAGUUUAGUGUAAUACCAAAUCAAGUGUUCCUUGGUGUGUGUGAUUUCCAUGUGUUUACCCCUACUUCUACAUCACUUUGUUGCGAACAUGGUGAUGACACAGAGGUAAUAUACAGAUGUAGGAUCUUAAUUUGAGCCAGUUUGCUAGAGCAGGAAAAUAAUAAUGCAGCAACAGGAAAUGUGAAUGAUGAUGCAAAUUAUAAUUAAUGGACAUUUUGGUAGGGGUUCAUACAUUUAUAAGGGUAAAUCAAGUCUUCAAUUUCAAUGUGGAAAUUACAAACUUCAGAAGCCUUUUUAAACCUUUUUUAAAUAGUGGGUUCUGUACUAAUGUUAAAGAAAGGCUGAGGCAGUGAUACUUUAUCAAUAAAUAUAUUAACUAAAUAAUAAAAAGUCUAAGGAUGGUGCUACACCAUCUGGCAUAAAAAGA